AUGGAUCUAAACAUUUUGCCAAAUAUCACGCUGGGAUAUCAUUUCUAUGACUCCUGUUUUAACGCAAAAAAAGCUGUGAAAAGUGUUCUACAGAUUCUAUGCAGUGCAGAGAAAACCAUCCCUAAUUAUUCUUGUACGGAUCACAACAAGCUGGCAGGUUUUAUUGGUGAUCACCAUUCAUUUACAACGAUCCCCAUAGCAGAGAUAUUAGGAGUGUAUGGAUAUUCACAGAUAAGUUAUGGAGCUACAGAUUUCUCUUUGAGUGACAGACUUAUGUAUCCACAUUUGUUUCGAAUGGUUCAAAAUGAUUACACCUAUUUUAAGAUUGUGACCCAACUUCUGAAACAUUUUGGCUGGACAUGGGUGGGAAUUCUGACUUCGUAUGAUGAGACUGUAGGGACAGAGAGUCAGAUUUUAAGAAAAUACAUGACCAGUUAUGGUCAAAACAAUACGUUUCAUGCUAAGAAUCAUUUAGCAACGGGAAUUUCUCCUCGGGUGUUUUAUGCAGUGAUUGCUAUGGCAAAAGCCCUGGAUAGCUUUCUUGUAAUGAAAAAAAAUGAAUUUGAAGGAAAAAUUAAAAAACAUUACAUGUAUAGACAUCAGAUUCCAAAAUCUAUAUGUUCUGAAAAAUGUUUACCUGGAACCAGAAAAGUCCUGAGACAAGAAAUACAAACCUGCUGCUACGACUGUGUUUUGUGUUCAGAUGGAGAAAUAACCAAUAGAACUGAUAGUGAAAACUGUGAGAAAUGUCUAAACGCUGAAUGGCCCAAUGAGAGGAAAGAUCGGUGUAUUCCAAAACUGGAAGAAUUUCUAGCCUACAGAAAUGAUACUAUUGCCAUCAUUUUGUCCUCUCUCUCAAUCUUGUGUUUCCUUAUAACAUUUAUGAUAUUAGUCAUUUUUAUUUGGUAUCAAGACACGCCUAUUGUAAAAGCCAAUAACAAGAAGCUCAGCUUUGUCCUCCUGGUGUCCAUCAUGCUGAGCUUUCUCUGUGUGUUUCUGUUCCUCGGUCGACCUGUGGAAAUAACCUGCAUGCUGCGUCAAACUGCUUUUGGAACCCUCUUCUCAAUAGCAAUCUCUUGCAUUUUGGGCAAAACUAUAACUAUCUAUAUUGUUUUUAAAGCCACUCAACCUGGCAGUGUCUGGAAAAGCUUUGUUAGUUUAAAAGUCUCCAACUGUUUUGUAUUCUGCUGUUCUGCUGUUCAAGUUAUAAUUAAUGUAAUAUGGUUGGCUAUUUCACCCCCCUUUAUGGAACUUGACACACAUUCUCAUCAAGGAACGAUCAUUGUUCAGUGUAAUGAAGGUUCAGUUAUUGCCUUCUACUCAGUCCUGGGUUAUAUGGGAAUCCUGGCAGCUGUUAGUUUCAUAAUAGCUUUUUUAGCCAGGACAUUACCGGACAGUUUUAAUGAAGCCAAGUACAUCACUUUCAGCAUGCUGGUGUUCUGCAGUGUUUGGAUUGCAAUGAUCCCAGCCUAUCUGAGCACCAAAGGGAAAUACAUGGUGGCUGUAGAGAUAUUUGCCAUAUUUGCCUCAAGUGCUGGACUUUUAGCAUGCAUAUUUUUUCCAAAAUGUUUCAAUAUUAUAUUCAGACCUGAAAUAAAUACAAAAUUCCAUUUAUUUGGGAAUAUAAAUAAAAUUAGGGCCCAGAAUUAA